UUGACGGAAUAAUCAUUGACAGUUGGAAACACCGACUUUGCCGAAAAUUACGAAAAUUUUGACAAUAACCACAAAACUUUGUAUUUACAAGAUAUUUGAGGGCAAAAGUGAUUUAAAUAGUGUUGAAAUAAAUUGAGAUUCUAAUUAGAGUGGUUAAAACCACUCUAUAACCUAAAAUGUUUCGCGUACCGGUUAGAAGUAGAUUUAGCUUGCAGCGACUCUGGGUUCGACUCCAGCACUCGAGCAGUUCCAUAAGGAGUACUUUUAUAGAGUAUUUUGAAGCAAAUCAUGGGCACAAAUAUGUCAAAUCGAGCUCUGUGGUGCCGCUGUACGAUCCGACUGUCCCGUUUGUUAAUGCUGGUAUGAAUCAGUUCAAAGGUGUGUUUCUUGGUAAAGUGGCUCCCCCUUGUGCCAAAGCUGUGAACUCUCAAAAAUGUGUGAGGGUAGGCGGGAAGCAUAAUGACCUAGAUGUAGUCGGUACUGAUGGCCAUCAUCAUACCUUCUUUGAGAUGCUUGGCAAUUGGUCAUUUGGAGAUUAUUAUAAGAGAGAAGCUUGUCAGAUGGCCUGGCAACUUCUAUUAGGUCCAUACAGAAUGAAACCAGAAAACCUGGUGGUCACAUACUUCUCAGGAGAUGUGGCUAUAGGACAGAAGAUGGACACAGAUUGUAGAGAUAUCUGGAAGAAAAUUGGUGUGGCCGAAAGCAGACUGUUGCCAAGAGGAUCGAGGGACAACUUCUGGGAGAUGGGUGCAACUGGUCCGUGUGGACCCUGCACUGAGAUCCACUACGUCAAUCCAGAUGGAUCACUCACUGAAAUAUGGAACCUUGUGUUUAUCAAUUCUUUUAGAGAUAAUCAAGGCAAAGUGAAUGGCUUGGCGAAGUACCACGUGGAUACAGGCAUGGGUCUGGAGCGUAUGGCCGCCAUCUUGCAAGGAGUACCCUCUAACUACGACACCGACUUGUUCCAGCCACUCAUCAAAGCUAUUGAGAAGAACAGCAAAGGAGUGCCUGCAUACAGUGGUAGCUACUUACCUAGCGCCGUAGUGGACGCGGCUUACCGUAGACUGGCAGACCACGCCAGGAUGAUCAGCAUCUGUCUUGCUGACGGAGUCUUUCCAGCUACCAGCCUAAACUUAAAACAAAUAAUGAGAAAAUCAUUCAAAAUAUCGUCCGAUGUGUUCCAAAACCCUAAACUGCCGAGGAUCCUAUAUGACGAGGUGGUAGAGACGCUGGGUACCACAUACCCUGAGCUGGUGACCAAGGAGAUCGAUGCUAAACUGAUCAUAGACCAUGAGGAGCAAGGGUAUGCGAAGAUGAGGUCAGGACUUAAGAAGAAGAUGAAGGACCUGAUCAAACAGUACCCUGAGGUGAUGAAGUUGAGUGAUGUGGAACUGCCAGGGUUCGUGCAAGGAUAUAGGGAUCUUAAAGAGACAAUGUCCAAACAAAAAUCGACCGUAAUACCAGGGGAAUUAGUCUUCAAACUAUACGAUACGCACGGCUUACAUGAAGAGGUCAUCAAGCAGAUAGCCGACCUGAACAAACUGAGUAUAGACAACAAAGGAUUCUGGUCACUCCUGGCCAAACAUAAGACGAGACACAAGACCGCCAUCAAAGAGCAAGAUAACAGGGGCCAAUUAUUCAACGAAGCACUAAAAACCCUUCGAACUAACGGCUAUACAAACACGAACGACCAGCCAAAAUACGACUACGUACAAACAGAAGAAAAAAUUGAGUUCAAACCGUUAAAAACUCAAAUAAUAGGCAUUCUGAACGAAACCUUAGAUUGGAUUGACUUCUUAGAACCUUGUAGUGACCGACCCUUCUACAUAGUGACGAAAGAUACAAACUUUUACUGCGAAGAGGGGGGCCAGGAAGCGGAUAGGGGCGCCAUCUACUUCAACAAGAAUAUUGCUAUGGAGGUCGAAAGCGUAUUCAAGUUACAAGACUUUGUCUUCCAUAAGGGUUACUUCUUAAUAAAAAAUGAGAGAACAACGAACUGUGUGUAUUGUGAUAUGAAUGUGGAAAUGGAGAUUGAUGAGGAACGGCGUCUGAAGCUGAUGCAGAACCACACGGGGGUGCACUUGCUGAACGCUGCGGUUCGCAGGGUGCUGUCCAAGAGUGCCGUCUGCCCCACCGGGUCUAGUGUCACUGAGAAUGGACUGUCGCUACAUUUGUCGGUCUAUGGAGAGAAGUUGUCGCAAAAAGUUAUGUUGGAUGUACAGGAUCUUAUUAGGGAAUCAAUAAAAUGCAACGCACCAAUAGAGACGCGCAUCGUGGACAGUGUCCAACUGUCCCGGGAGCCCGGGGUGGUGACGAUCCCGGGGGAGACAUAUCCCGAGGUCGGACUCCGACUCGUUACUGCUUUCCUACCUCUAGUGUCCAAGGAGCUAUGUUGCGGCACGCACUUGCCGUCGACGGGUGCGAUGGGGGAGUUCUGCGUGACCAGCGUCAAGGGGGCCGGGGGACAGACCCCCUGCAUACACGCACUCACUGGGGAUAAGGCUAAACAGGCGCGCGAACUAUUCUGUCGAGCUGAGAAGCUAGGACAAGUGAUCGACCUGAUAGACCCUGACAGGAAGAAGGAGGAGAUCUCCCUGAUCAGGAACCAGCUGUCGACACUAUGCGGCACCGGUGGCGCCCCCUACGGGGAGUACGCCAACUGUCUCGACCUACUCGACAGUUUCUCCAAGAAGGAGGUGCAUAAAAAUGAUCUGGCGCUGCACUCAAUAGCAUCAACAGAAGUGGCAGAGGUAGUGUCCCAGGCGGCCAGCGAGGGUCGCAGGUUCGUGGUGCACUUCGUGCGGUGCUCGUACCUGAUGCAGAGCCCGGCGGCGCAGGCCGUGCUGGCGGAGCGCCACGCGCUGCCCGCCAUGUUGCUGGGCUGCGCCGGCGGGGUACUCGUCGCCGCAUGCUCCGUGCCACAGGAGAUGGUGAGCCAGUCGUUCACGGCGCGGACAUGGCUGGCGUGCGCGGCGCGAGUGUUCGGCGCCACGCUGCAGGGCUCCGACAACGACCAUACACACGCCAUCAUGACGCCUUCCAAGGUGAGCCUGAUAAACUGCGAGCAACUAGUCCAGGACGCGAUGCGGGUCGCGAUCAAAUUCGCGCAGUCGCACACAAAGGAGAACACAGAACAAUCUAGAAGCACACAGAACAGACAACAGAAUUGAAAUACGUAAUUACAGACUGACGGUCUUAUUCAUAAUACAUAAUACUUAAAAACCUAUUUCAACUAAAGAAUAUUUGGCCCCUUUUUAUAUUAUCACGGAAAUACUAAAUUAAUUCUAAUAUUAGAGAGUCCUCGACUAGUUUCGAACUACAACCGGAGCUCAUAAACAUCGCGGCGAAUGAUUUCGGGCAGCGAACUCUCUUGUUUCAUAGCUCAAAGUUAAUGUUCUAUAGUUAUAACAGGUUUAUUGAUCAUAAUAUGAAUAUUUAGGUAAGAUUACCGACUAAAGACCAUAGUAAGUAGACCCUAGAUUCUAGAUUUAGACAGCUUUAGCCCUUAAACGGUCUCAAGUUAUAUGUCUCCAUUUUUGGUGAAUGAAUGUGUUCAUAAAACUCAGUGUUAAUAAGUUUGCACGUUUUAUAAAGUAUUAUUUAAUGUUUGAAAUAAAAAAUUCUGAGUGUAACUCGUAUUGAUAUGUAUUUAUUUACUUUUAUUUUUAAUGUUUGGAUGGGGAAAUAAAUUAUUUAGUAUUUUAAAGUACUCUGCAGUUGGCACUGUAAACUGGAAUGAAAAUAAAACAAUUCACAUUGUUUCACACUGUUUUGAAUUUGGGAUUUUUAAUUAGUCUUUUCAAGGUAUAUUCUAUGGCUGUAACUAAUGUCAUCAAAAUUAAUUCAGUAUCAAGUUAUAUACCCUUAGCUUUACACGUACAGUGCCCGUGCCUGUGAGAUUUCAGCGAUAAAAACUAUUCUACGUCUCCUUUCCUGGGUCACAAACCAUUGCUGCACCGAAUGUCAAUCAAAUAUGUACAAUGGUUUAAAUAUAGUGGGAUUUUUGGGAUGAAAAUCAUACUUCCUUUCCCGGGUCUCAAAUAACUUCAAUGGUUUAUGAGAUAACAGUCCCGGGAUUUUUAUGUAUAGUUCCGAAUCCCGUGGAAUUUCCAGGAUAAUCCCAGAUCUCAAACUUACAUUGUACCGAAUUUCACUCAAAUAGGUUCAGUGGUUUAAAAUAUAGACUCCCAGGAUUUUAAGGUAUAGUUCCCGUUUCCAUGAUAGACACUAUCACACGUCCUUUCUCUGGCCUAAAACUAUCGUUGUACUGAAUUUCACUAAGAUAGGUACAGAGGUUUAAGAGCUGGAGAGCCGGAUUUAACACAUAGUUUAGAUGAAAAAGUAGCUAUUGCGGUAUAACUGUAAUAGACAUAAAUUAUGAUAUCGCGGACUUUUUACGUUCAUAUUAAUGUCCUAUAUAAGACUCUAGUACAUCACAUUGCUCUGUUGUCUAUCACUUCCACGGCGUUAGCAAUAUAACGAGUUUGUUGGUAGUUUUGUCACACAUAGGGUUACAUUAUCGAAAUGUUUACGCGUAUUUUGUGCCCAGUAAUUUAUGAUAUCUUACAAAAAAUCUACUUCUAAUAAUUUCAAAAUUGUAAUACUUGAAAUGUAUUUUGAAUUAUAAUCGUCAUUCAAUGAGGUGAAUUCGGAAAGAACUGUGAUUUCGGUGUGUAACUAGUGGUUUCUAAUUAAUAUUGUUUCUUUUAUAUUAAACGUUAUAUUUUCUUUGGAGGUCUCUCCUUCUCGGGAUUGACCAUUAUUGUAUUCAUAUUUGUAAUUUGUUAUAUUAUGAUUUGUUAAUCUUAUUAUUUUAUUAAGCCUACAUUAGAUGGGGUUUCUUAUUUGUAGUUUUGAAAACUAAAUUAUCUAGUUGAGCCAGAAAUUGGGAGUUUAUUAUGUUGGUAAACAUUAUUAAUGCACACAAUAGUCACUGACUGUAACUACGGCAUGGCCAUCAAAGUGGGCAAUUUGAAUUAAAAUUUCGUUUCAUUUUCUUCAAACGUAUUGAUUAUACAGGGAUAAACGUAAAAUCUAUAAAAUAUAAUAAUAUUAUGUUAGCAUGGUGUUGGUCUGCAGUCUUCAGCACAACUAUCAAAAAGUCAAAUAGCAUACCAGACAGUAACAAUAUUUUUUUGUUCUUUAGACUACAAUUGCGACGCAAAUAUGACUCGUUAAUCUUUGUGAAUCAAAUGUUUUAAAGCGAUGUCCUGCGUGAGCGAUCUAGACGCGAAGACGAUGCGAUGCGCUACGGUGGGAAAACACAAAUUGUCAAUAUAUUGACUGUGGGUUACGUGUCCAAAUGCACCUGGGAUGAGGUGCGGUGCGGUGCGAACGCUAGACUUGAUAUUUUCGCGCGAACUGCAUGCGGUGCUGUCAAGUUUUUGUUUAUAAUGUUAGAAACAGAAAUAAAACGAAACUAUUCACACGCACGUAGGACAUAGUCGCUGCGUAAUGAAUUAGCGUGUCACCGCACCGCUUCGCAUUCGCUUCUAGAUCACUCACGCAGAACGUUGCGUUAGAGAAAUAGAUACUCAUACAAUUCUCUCUGAUUAUUAUCCCCUAGUACAAUGAUGGCUAUUUAUUUAGUAUUUACCUAUGUAAGUGUGAUUGCCUUAUAAACAUGUAAUGUAUUGUAUUGGUUUGAAUGAAAUUCUCAAUGUAAGUCUUCCUGUAAAUAAAUAGUUCUACCUCUAAUCUCUAUUUUUGUAAAUACAUUAUGUUUUAACUUAUUA